CCGCCCGCCACAAACCAAACCCGAACGUUCCAACUACUCCUUUCCUCAUCUCCGGCUCCGCAGUCCGCCCCGACCAUGGCGGCCGCAGCGGCUCCCGGAGGGACGUCCCCCUCAAACCUUCGCUUCCCUUCCCCCAACUCCUUCUCCCUCCGCCCUUUUGCCCCGCCUUCCACCGUCCGCUUCCUUGGCCCCUCGUUACUUCCCCGUCGCCUCCGAAUCUCGCUACUCUCCCCCGCCCGUCGCUCCAUUGCUGACCGAUCCGGCCGCAGCGGAGGCUUCGGGGACGGCGGCAAUGGUGGAAGUGGAGGUGGCGGGGGCGACGGAGGGGAGAGCGGCGAAUCAGGCAAUAACAACCGCAGCGAAGCGUUGCUCGCCCUGGCAAAGGCUGAGCGAGCGCUGGAGAGCCUCCCUAAGGACUUGGCCGCCGCGAUCGAGAAUGGGAGGAUCCCCGGAUUGAUCGUGCAGCGGUUUUUUGAGCUCGAGAGGUCGUCGGUCUUUCGCUGGCUGCUCCAGUUUGGGGGAUUCAAGGAGCGGCUCCUCGCCGACGACCUUUUCUUGGCUAAGCUCGCCAUGGAGUGCGGCGUCGGCAUCUUCGCCAAGACGGCUGCUGAAUGGGAGCGUCGCAGAGAGAACUUUGUGAAGGAAUUGGAUUUCGUUAUCUGUGAUGUGGUAAUGGCCAUAGUAGCUGAUUUCAUGCUUGUGUGGCUUCCUGCUCCGACAGUAUCAAUACGAGCACCUCUUCAGUUGAACACUGGACCAAUUACAAAGUUCUUCUAUAGCUGUCCUGAUAAUGCUUUUCAAAUUGCUUUAGUUGGAACAUCAUAUUCACUCUUGCAGAGGGUUGGUGCAAUUGUGAGAAAUGGAUCAAAGCUUUUUGUUGUUGGAACUAGUGCUUCCCUGAUUGGAACUGGUGUAACCAAUGCCUUGAUCAAGGCAAGGCAGAGAAUUAACAAGGAUGUUGCAGUUGAAACAGAGGACGUGCCCAUAGUAUCUACCAGUGUUGCCUAUGGUGUUUACAUGGCCAUUUCAAGCAACCUUAGGUAUCAAUUGUUGGCUGGUGUCAUUGAACAACGUAUCUUGGAACCGUUUCUACAUAACAACAAAUUAGCACUCAGUGCCUUGUGCUUUGCAGUUCGUACAGGAAACACAUUUUUGGGAUCAUUGCUGUGGGUUGAUUAUGCUCGCUGGGUAGGUGUCCAAAAGUCAAAAGACCAGGAAUAGUCGACGACCAAAGAAGACAAAGAAAUGCAUCUUCUAUCCUACGGAAGGUGAGCUGGAAACACUGAUUGGAACAUUUUUAGCAAAGCUUUGCUAGAUCAAGCAUGUAGGUCGCCUUUUUGAUUGCCAAGUUUGAUUUAUGAACUUGGUUUCGCUUCUUCAUUUAUGGUUUUUGAAGGGGAAAGUUAUGGGUUCACAUUGAAUUGGCAUGGAAGUGCAUAAUGCAUUUGUCAAUUUAUAGCCACAUUUCUCAGAUGAUACCUUCCGUUCCUAUAUAUUCUCUGUGAGUUUAGGUCA